UGAAAGUGAUUUAAUCGCCUCCGACAUCGCUCUCGUGAUUUAAACCAAAGUGUAGACGGUGUCAAGUAGAGUGGAGUGGAGUGGAGUGGAGUGGUGGCACGGUAGCCAGAAGCAAAGAUCCUAUCGGGAAACGUGUUUAUGGUUGGAGGAGUGGGAGGGAAGCUCACCGACCCAAACUCGUGGCAUAGGAUAUAAGAGGUGCUGCAGUCGAAAGCACCCCACCUACGAAGCGACCGACUCUAGCAAGACCCAUACAUACAUUCGCUGACCGCAAGACAUCGAAGUCGCCUCUCUGGAGUCUCUCAAACGAGGCUUAUACGCCGCCUGGAACACAUCUCGAAAACACGCAGGCAUCCCCUCGGCCGACCGACACGGUAAACCUUAAUUUAUUAUCAAUCCAAUAAAAUGAAACUAGCGUGCACGUUGUGUGGGCUGUUCGUGGCAGUGGCCGUUGUCAACGCCGGUCCCGUCAAGAGACAAGCUGUGGAUGAUCUGAAUCCCCUCAACGAAGUAUAUGUGGUCGAGGCUGACGGAGAUGCUGCCACUGACAAUGAGAGGGGAGACAGGGAUAAGAGGAAAAUUGGCAUCAUCAAACUGGGUGCCACAAAUGGGAUCAUCAACUUUGUCUUCGGGAAAUUAGACUCCUUCUUAGACGCGAAGACGAACGCACUUGCCGCGUUAGAGGAAGGAAACAAAGCCAAGAACGCGGCAUUCGGCAUUGACAAUACUCAAUCAGCUACCAGCCAAUUCCUCAGUAAUCUGAUAUCUCAGAAGAUCCAAGCCGGCACUGCGAGCAUCGGCCCUCUAAUAUCCGGUGCCACUUCCUUCAUUUCAACCGCCAGCAGCGGAAUCGGAAAUGCGGUUGCAUCAAAAAUCGCCCCCCUUAGCUCCUUGUCAGGUGGACUCUCAGGAGGUAGCAGCGAUGGCUCGGCUGGAGGUGGACUCCUUGGUGGCCUCAGUGGUGGCCUCGGAGGAAUCUUGUCCUCAAAAAUCCAGACGAUUUCCAGUCUCAGCAGCGGAAGCGGCGGUCUGGGAGGUCUUCUAGGCGGCCUUAGCGGCGGAAGUGGAGAUACUGGAGGAUCCGCCGGUGGCUCGACUGAUUUUGGCACUGGAUCCAGUAGCGGUGAGGCAGGCGCAGGAGCAGGACUCAGCCUAGGUGGUUCAACCGGUGGCGGCGUGAACCUCGGCGCCUUCGCCAACCUUAACGGCGGGACCAUCGCAACGACGACCGAGGAUAUUCCUGAAUUUGACAGGGUUCACGUCUCUCUGGAUGUUCCACCGCCUGUGUUCGGCAACGGAUUCACUCUCAUCACCAACGUCAGCAAGGUGUUGAGCAGCGUAAUAACGAAUUCAGCCCGCAGAACACAGAACGUUUUGGAAGUAUUCAAGCCCUUCUUCCGCGGAGCUUUUGCAAUCAAAGGCCUACCUUCCGACAAUCCGAAAUAGAAGAAAAUAAUCGCGAUGACGAACCCAAAGGAUCUGAAGAGUUAACUCAACUGAUCGAAGACUUCGAAGAGCAACAAUCAACGCUACUAGAAAAUGCUCAGAAGCGGUUCAAAAUGUACUAUAUUUCUCACAAUCCUAUUUACUAUUUAUUUUUUCAAGUGUCAGGCGAUCGUAACAUUAUUUUGAAAAAUUAGUCAAAUCGGCACACGGCACCAAAUUAUACAAUUUUUCAGCAAUGUGAAAUAAUCAUAUUUACAUGCUAUCACGGCUAGUUUUUCGCAAAAGGGACAAGACCGUUGCUAAUCUUAGCCUUCGAAUAGUCGGUAAUAUAUAGAUAAAUCAGUAAAUGAAUAUCGUCCCUGUACCUUUUAAUUUUUCAACUCCAGUGUUAUUUUUACACGACGCGAUGAUCUGGAAAUGCACAAUUGAUCAUAAAAUAAUAAUCUUCUGCUACAAGACCGAGAAUCAUAGAUUUUAAAAUCAUUGCUACGGUGCCAUUACAAAUAUAUAUAAUUUAUAAUUCAAAGAAAGCAAAAUUCCCCGGUGCUAUUUUUAUAUUUAUCAAUUGGUGCCUGAGCUAUUCCCAAAGUAAUUGAAUAUAAGUAAAAAAAAAUGAUUAUAAAAUGCUUACGUUUUCUACGUACUUUGCCUAUUUAUAAAUUACACAACCAGGAUCUCUAUCGUUUAGUAUGAAAUGCGUGCAAAUACACUAAUUGCGCCACGUGAACAGUGAUUAGGUGUAAUGAUAAAAUCGGAAGACGUAACGUGAUCUAUUUACCAACCUUACGUUAUGCCACGUUACGGGUUAUACAAUUAAUGCCUGCUUAUACCUGUCUCGGGAAAGCAGUAAACGAUUAAUAAACUCUUAGCCAUUCAUCUACCUGCAUAAAUCGAUGUGUGUUACAGACAUAUUGCAAGUACGUGGUAAAUAUAGAGUCUAGUUUUUUUUAGAUUGUUUUGAUACGUAGAAACAUUAUAUUGCGCUAUAAUGUAUAAGUUAGCUCUUUUGUAUUAUAGGCAGCAUAUGCAGCUGCUGUAUAUUUUUGUACAUGUGUGUCUAUAUGUAUAUAUAAUAUAUAUAAUAAAACUG